AUGAAAGCUAGAAUAGUCGUAGUGGGGAUUUUGCUGUCAGUGGGUUUGGUCACUCCGACAAUUACCACAACUGAUGCCACAUCAAACCCUCACGCGGAGAACGCAGACGCAGACGAGGAAAAGCCAUUGAAGAGAAGCAGAAGCUGCGACCCUUUGUACCAUUACUUGUUCGGAAUCUGCGGCCACUGGCCUUUCCCCACAACCCCUUCCCCCGAGAACCCCUUCCUCCCCACCGCACCGCCGCGUCCGCAUCCGCGUCCAAAACCCUCACCGCAGCUUCCACCGCCACCACCACUUGUUCCGUCCCCGCCACCGCCCGCGGUGAUUAAUCCGCCAUCUCCGCCGUUGGUUCCUUCACCACCUCCGCCGCCUCUGGUUACUUUACCGCCUCCGCCGCCUCUUGUCCCUUCACCGCCGCCUCCAUCUCCACCUCCACCUCCACCUCCGCCGUUAGUUCCAUCGCCUCCACCCCCGUCGCUAAUGAUCCCUCCACCACCCCAGGUGAUAGUUUUCCCACCGCCGCUGGUUCCGUCACCGCCGCCGCCGCAACCAGGUGGAUUUCCAGUGACGCAGCCGCCGCCGAUAUGGUUGCCGCCUCCCGAAGACAAUACGCCGGGGUUCUCACUUUCGCCGCCGGCGCCGGAGGAAGAGUUUCCGCCGAUGCCACCGAUAACAUGGUUGCCGCCGCCGGAAGUUCCCGGCGAGGCCUCACCAGCAGAGCCAUUUGAUCAGCUUCCUCCGCCUUCGUGGCAGUCUCCUCCGUUCAAACACUGA